AUGCAGGACCUGAAGCGAGCCAGCUCCGCGUCAUCCACUCCUCCGCCAGAGUACAGCCCUCCGUCACCAAUCAGUGUCAGUACCACUCAUUCCGACUUCACCUUAUCGGUCCCGCCCGGCCCAUAUCAUCCGGGCGAUACUCUCCGCCUGUCUCUCUCGGCGCCAGCUUCAGCUUUAGCCCAUGUGGUGGGCAACAUCGAGUGCGUGCUGGAGGGCAUCAGCUCAGUGGAGCUGAUGGGGAAGAAGCGAUACCAGACCGCAAUGAUGGUGAACGCGACCAUGGGCUCCGGCGGCGCGGCUAUGAUCACCUCUCGAGAACAACAUACAUUCACCAAGGCCUCCAGCAUCAUCUCGGUCCGGGCGAACAAGGAGACCGGCGGGAUCGAGCAUCAGAUCGCCAUUCCCACCGAGCGAAGCUGUGCGUGUCCCGGACCGAAGAACGAGGGUCUCCUCCCGAGCUUCGGAGCGAGCGGGGACGAGGCGGAUGAGAGCUCGGUGGAGUGGAAACUGGUGGUGUUGGUCAAGCGAAAAGGGAUCUUGAAGCGGGAUAUCAAGCUGUCCUUGAUCAUCCCGGUCACUCUAUUACCUUCAACUGUAACCUUCUACCCCCUCACCGCGACCUCGUCGGCACCUAUGGCGUACACCGCCUCUGCUUCCUCCGGCCCAGCCCCCACACUCACCGCCAACCUCUCCAUCUCGACCUCCCCAUCCGCACCCAAUAAACUCAACUUCCGCCUCCAACUGACCUCCACCCCUUCCUCUCUUCUUCCCUCGUACGCUUCCAUACCCUCCGUGGACGACUUCGGGAUCGCCUUCUCCCUCUCCCGGCGCGCAUGGACCAUGGGGAUCGAGCAGUCCAAAUUCGGCGACCCGGGUGGAUUCCACUGGGCUCCACGCCGAAUGGGCGUCGUCAGUCUCCCUCCGACCCAGUCCAGGUUCACGAAAGGUUGGAUGAGAGUCGUACCGCUCGAUGAGGCGAAGAGUGGAGAUGGGAUGAAAUUUGAGGGGGAGUAUGAGGUGCCGGAGGGGUGCGUGACGGUCAAGGGGUGCGGAGUGGCUGUUGAUUGGUCGGUACAUGCCAAUGUGUCGUGGAAGAGGCUAUCUGGAACGUUGAGCGUGGAGAUACCGCUGGUACUGCCGAUAAGCUAG